AUGGCCAGGAUGUCUCGUCUUCCCCGUUACGCGCUGAAUCUCGCCCUAUUUCUGGUCUUCAUAUCUGGAGAAUUCAGCCUGAAAGACUUCAUUGAAAUCGUUGAUUCAGGAAGAAGCCUCAAGAAGAUACUUGUUACCGCCGGCCAGAUCCUGUACUACUUGGUCGUAGCUAUCGUCAUCAAUGGUGCAAAUAAUAUCCGAGGCCUUUUUUGGCCUUUCAGUGCUCUCAUUACUAUUACCCUGUGGCUUAUAUUCGGCCACUCCUGCGAGGCUUGCGAUGAAGUGUACAAAAUCUGGCUUUCUGCACCCUCGAACAAUGUAUUUAGUUGCAUUUGGUAUUUCGUGACGACAGUCGAGCACCAGGUUCUUUUUGUUGUCAUUAACUUAACGGCAUUCCGUCUUGCAGCGCAAUGGGGCACCUUCUUAUACUUCGUCAAACUACACAAGGCCGAAGACAAUUUAAGGCCGAAAAAGAACGCCUGCACUGUUAUCCUCCCCAUGGCCGAUACAGAGCAGCAAAGAUUCGAGGAGUGUCUGACGUCUUGUUUGUUAAACAAGGUCCAUGGAAUCAUCAUCGUGACGAGCAGUGAUACGCGUCUGGAGAUAGAUGGUAUGAUGGACCGAUUCCGAAAGCGCUUUACCAUGACCCGGAUCGGCGUCGCUGGGACAGAUAAAACGGGGAAAUGCGACAUGAUCAUUGAAGGUAUCAGAUUGGCUCAGACCGAGAUCAUUGUUCUCAUAGACACGAGUGUCUUUUGGCCCUACUACUUCAUGGAUCGACUUUUGGUAUCGUUAAAUGGCCACGUCGGAUUUGCAAUGAUUCAGCAGCAGGUUCGUCGUUUCAGACUGCCGUUUAAAGAAGUAUUCCCUCCUGCUCAGGGGGGUCAGUCAGAAUCUACGAUUGAGAUCUCUUCAGGGAAAGAGGUCGCUCGAGCCAUAGCUUGUCAAAAGGGUCUUCUUCAGCAUCCUGACUUCAGGGCCUCAUUCAAACGAGCACAGCCGGCGGAUUCGACUUCCUAUGAUGAAAAUCGUGCAGCGCAGUUCUUUGAAACAUGGGCACUGGAGAAGAGAUCUGAGAUCUCGAAAGAAUAUUCUGGUCAGAAUGCAAUUGAGCCACCUGCCCGAACAACACCCGAGUCUAAUGUCUGGACACACCGUUUAUUCCACUGGUACCGGUACACGCGACAAGCCGUGAGAAUGAGGCUCGGAUAUCUACUAGUCACUGCAACUCGUUGGAAGAACCUGCCAUAUCAAGCCCGCACUAGCCAUGGACCGGCUUUCUUCAUUUUAGCGUUUGUUGUUGACGGUAUAAUAUCGUCGCUCAUCAUGGUCAGUCCACAUCCAAAUCUACUGAAGCUGCGAGUACUCGGAGACGUGGUUUUUGGGUCCGAAAUCACAAAUCAGAUACCUUUCUACACCCGGGGGGUAAUCCCAUUGUCAGAGGCCAUUAAAUACACCCUCUUUGUCUGGCUCCACGGUCGUAUUAGAAUAUGGGCUCUAAUCUAUCUUUGCUUCAAUAUCUUUGGAGAGACGGCUAUGUUUUUGGGAAACAAUGACCGCGAUAAUAUGAGCGGCUCUGCAUCCAGUCCACCAUCACCGCCACCAGCACCGAGUGAUCCUGAACCGAGCGACUCGUAUAUCCAACCAUCACAGCAAAUUGUAGCCGGAUAUGAACAGCCCGCCAACGCCAGGUCUAGCACACCCCCCAGAACUGGCGACCCUAUUCAACGAGUAAGGAACGAUCCGACGUAUAGCCCAGGUUCACCACCGUCCCGACGCGACUACGGGACCCAGACAUCGCCACCUGAAAGGAGUGUACGGUGUCAGGCUCCACCAGCGCCGGCGGCCAGAGCUCAAUCACCAAGUUCACCAGUACAAACGCACCAGGAAUCGCCUCGCCAUCCUCCGAAUGCCCCCAAUGAGGCAAGCCGGCUGCGCGAGCAAGUCUUUCCAACAGUUGAGGAAGGCGGCUUUUCAUUUGAAGAGCCAUGCAGGCGCGAAAGGCAGCGCGCGUCGCGGUCUCUCAGCCCAACAAGCCAAGACCGUCCGGAGUCAUCCGAGACCGCUGGUCAACGCCCGCAAGACGAGCCUUCUAGGCCUGAAACACGCAGGAGAGCAGCUCGAAGACAGGGAUCAAAUGAUACAGAAUACCGCCCUUCAGUAUCCGAUCAAAGAUCUCCCAGCAUCCAGGGAAGCCACGAAGACGCUAGCAGAGACGGCGGCCUUGGUCUUCACCGACCAAACUUCACUCCCAGCCGGCGUGCUUCCAGUCACCCUCCUCCUUCAAGCCUAAGCCAGCAGCAGCCUGUCUUGGGCUCUCCUCUUCGACGGUUUCCGCCUCCUGUAAAUCAAGAACCUCAGCGUCCACCGGAAAGACCGGCUCGCGGUGAGGGUAACGCUCCUGAAAGAACUGUGCGGAGGACCAUCGAACCAAUACCGUCGCUGCCACCCUCCACCUCCACUGCACCUUCAGGCCCCCCUGAGGCUGAGUCCCCUGCCCCUGCGCCAAAGGCGAAAAGUAAAGCUAAACGCGCCCAACCAAAGCCCAGCGAAGCCCCUGUAAGAAGGUCAACAAGGGCAACCAGGGCGAAGCCCAAGGAUUGAGGUAAGGCGCAUACUGAGGAUUGUUGAAUUAAGG